AUGUUUCUACCUCAAUUACUAACACCUCCAAAAGAUAAAAAGCUUUCUCUUAUGGAUCUCCCCGAGGAGAUACUCGAACAAAUCGUGUUGGACGUAGCUGAUCAAGACCGAAGAGCGCUUUACUCUGCUGUUGUCUACGUCAACAAAAGACUCCGCCGAAUAGCCUCUCCUCACGUGGCUCGACAUUUGCCAAUCCACUGUAUGAACCCAGAAUUCCCUGCCACACCGAUGCAUAUACUGAUGCACUUAUCCCGACAUCCUGAGCAAGCGAAGAAUAUCAGAACCUUGGUUAGCGAUUCCGACGAGGGGAAAUAUUGGCGACGUCAUGGGUGGAGAAAUUAUCCCGAAAGUCCUACACACAGCGAAAACUUUGAAAGAAUCGUGGAACGUGCAAAAGAGACAUGUCCAGAACUUGCUAAGUAUCCGCAAUGGUGUUUGCAUUUGCGUAACGGCAGUGCUGACGCAUCUGUCGCGCUUCUCCUAGCUUGGUGCACGAGGAUCGUCAAGUUGGACUGUAAACUGUAUACCUUUUCGCCAGGCAAGAUUGAGCACAUGACACUGCAACUGAUCAAUAUAGCAGUCAAGGAAAUGAGAGACGGAACAGGUCCGUCGUUGCAUCCAUUAGCCCGGCUUGAGCAUGUUGUUUUAAGGACAUCGAGUCAACUGCAGAGGAUUGCUUUUGCGGCGCCAUUCUUUUACCUCCCCAAGCUCAAAUUCCUUGCGACAUCAGGCUUGGGGACUGACAGCGAUCUACGAGAUGUACACGAUGAUAGACCUGUCUGGUUCAGAAGCUUUACUGGUGGAUAUGUAACUGCGGAUCCAGCUCUCUACAUGUCGAAAUUUCCAGUCGGAACAUCUCCCAUCGAGACCCUGAUCGUGGACCGCGCCUGGUUCAGUUCAUGUGGUUUCCUCGUUCUCGUUCGAGCUUGUAAACGACUCAAAAAGCUGGCCAUAUACAACGACUAUUUCACGAAAUUCAACAAUCGAAGAAGCCUGGAAGAAAACAAUCGAGUGGCGGCGCGCCUGGAAGACCUGAGUAAGGCGAUUGCCUAUCACUCUUCGUCUCUGGAGGAAGUGACUCUUCGCCUCGAGCAGGACCCUUACUGGCGUGACUUCCAUCACUACCACCGAACAACCGCCCCGUUAACGUUGUUUGAUUGCUUGAAGGACAUGCAGCGACUAAAACGACUGAAAAUCCACCUCGAGUUUCUGUAUCGAAGGGUCACACGCGACCUGUGGGAUUACAGUGUCGUGUUAGAGACCAACCGUCUCCCUCCUACUCUUGAGCAUUUAGUCCUAGAGAGAUAUGACCACGUGCAUGCAACCCUUAUGCAUGGGGAAUUGUAUCGGUUUAAUAAACUCCUGGAGCAGUGUGGACCAGGAAGUAAAUUCAGUAAACUGCAAAGCCUUACUCUACCGUUUCGCUAUGAGAGAUCACGAGGAUGCCCCUUAUUCGAGCAAGCUGAGGACUUGGAAGUGUUGGCUGCGAGUAAAGGGGUACAGCUUCUAUUCCAGAGGAAUCCUAGGGACUAUUCUGUUCCACAGGUGCCGAAGCCAUAUCCUCCCCUUCGACAAAGAAUAGUCAGACUUAACUAG